UUAAGACAAGAAUCUUAAAGAUUUUAUUGCCAUAAAAUAAAAAAGGAAAUGACAAAAUAUAUUUUUUAAUAUGACAAUCAAAUUGACAGUGUUGUCAGUUUCAUCAUGCAAACUAACUUGAAACUAACGCAAACGAAAAACACAUUCCAGUUUCCUUUUGUAGCUAUAAUACUAUUUCUAUCAUUUCAUCAAAACUUUUCUCUUACUUUAUAAAACGAAAUGUGAGACUACAAGUAAAAAAAACAAUACAUGAUGGUUGACGGUUAAAAACGUAAAACAAGUAGGUAUCUUAAAAUUUUAUUGCCAUGAAAUUAAAAACGGAAAAGACAAAAUAUGUUUUUAUUAUGACAAUAUUAAAAAUCAAAUUGACAGCGGGACUUUUUGGCGGGAACGCGAGGAGUGAAGUUGUGUGAUUUGUUUUAUUUUGUCUAUUUAGUAUUAUUUUGUCUUCUUCAGGUUUAAAUGUGUAAUAACGGUGGUUUAUUAACUGUUUAAUAUCUGUGAAAGUGCACAAAUGUGGGAAAAUGAAACAAAGCCGCUGGAUGUGACUUAUUUAUUAAUUUAUUUGGGAAACAAACAGUACAAUACAAACAUAAAAUUUUAAAAAAUAUACCUAAAACAAUAACCAAAUAUGUUUCCACAAUCACAUACAAGUAGAAAGUGAACAGAGACGAGAAAUUUAGAAAUUUAAAUUACAAAAAAACAAAACCAAACACAAUAUGCACAUAUUAUUUUAUACAUCAACUUACACUAUAAAACUAUAAUACUCAUCGGGCUAAAUCACCUUAUAAAUAUUUUAAAAUAGCUUUUCUAUAUGCUACAAGUGACAAGCAAAAGAUGUCAGCAUUAGAGAACUUAGCAUCAUACAACCUACAAGAUCUACGGACAAAAGAAUUAGAAGCAUAUUUCGUUCGAGCCGUGGACAUGUGGAAGGUCUGUUUAGAACGCGCGGAAAUACGACUACAUUUAAAUGAAAUUUUGGAAAGAAGAUAGCUAGAAUCAAUCUCAUUAUUUAUUAUUUUAUAUAAAAACAUUUUAUCCCUCAGUAGCCUACGAUCGACUAGAGAGAUAAAUUUUGUCGGUUCUGGAAAGCUAAAGCGACGACAAUGGUAUAAAAGAUGCUUAGAAAACUUUUUUGGACUCUUUCUAGUCGCUCAAUAUAAAUAUUAUAUUGGGGAUUCCAUGUGACAGAGCCAUAUUCCAAUAUAGACCGUACAAAACUGUUAUACAAUAGAAUCAGAGUAGAUAGUCUUUUAAAGUCUUUACCAGCUCUAAGUAUGAAGCCUAACAUUAGAAAAGCCUUAAUUACUAUUUCAUUAACAUUAACAUCAAAAAUCAAACUGGAAUCCAAACAAAUACCCAAAUCAUGAACAACUGUGGUGCGUACCAAAGUUUGAUCAUUAAUAGAAUAGUCAUACAAGAUAUUCAAUCUUCCACGUGAGAAUGUUAUAAUUGUACACUUAUUAGUAUUCACUGUGAGUUAGUUAUUUUGACAGUAAACAAAUAAGUUGUUCAAAUCAUUCUCGACUUCUCGGGAUCCUCCAAAAAGUUCAAUGAAAAAGUCUCAGUAGAUGACCACCAUUUUACUGAGAUUAUAUUUCAUCCCAUAUCAUCUCAUCUCAUUUCAUUUGAUUUCAUCCCAGUUGAUUUAUGUCUCAAAUUAAUCAUCUUCAUUUCAUUUCAUCAUUUUUCAUAAAAAUAAGAAAAUAAAUUAAAUUAAGACAUGACUUAAAGGCUUUAGUUACCAAGUCAUAAAAUCCGUAAAAAAAAAUAUUGACAGCGUUGACAAUGUCAUCUGAAAAACGCAUUCCAAUUUCCUUUUGUAGCUUUAAUACUACUUCUAGCAUUUGAAACUUAUCUCUUACUUUUUAAACAGAAUUAAAUAAAGAUAGCUAAAGGUCCGUUGAAUACCGCAAUAGGUUUUUGGUACUACUCCGAUUGCUUCGUUUAAUUUCUUGUUUUCCCUUCUGCAUGAAUGUAGAUUAGAACUUUACAAUUAUGUUUUGUUAGAGUAGGUAAAUUAUUUAAAAUGUACACUUUACUGCACGGCUUUUAUAAGUAUAUAAUACAGAAAGACGAAUAUUGCGUUCUAAUACUCGGCCUAGACAAUGCUGGCAAAACGACAUAUUUGGAAGCAACGAAAACAAAAUUUACCAAAAAAUAUAAGGCUAUGAACCCAAAUAGGAUAACAACAACCGUCGGACUUAAUAUAGGUAAAAUAGAUGUGAACGGUGUAAGACUUAAUUUCUGGGACCUUGGUGGUCAGCAAGAAUUACAAUCCCUAUGGGAUAAGUACUAUGCUGAAUGCCAUGCAGUAAUCUACAUAGUUGACUCAUCAGAUAGGGACAGGGUAUCUGAAUCCAAGGAAACCUUUGAUAGAAUGAUAUCCUCAGAACAUUUAGCCGGUGUACCUUUGCUGGUGCUUGCGAACAAACAAGACAUUCCAGACUGCAUGGGCGUCCACACAGUGAAGCCCAUAUUCAAUCAGAACGCACACCUGAUUGGUGCUAGGGACAUCAUGUUAAUGGCAACAUCGGCAUUAACUGGUGAUGGCGUGGACGAAGGCAUCCGAUGGCUUGUAGACUGCAUAAAACGCAACAGCGUCGAUCGUCCUCCCCGUAACCACGAUGAUAACUUAUGAGCAUUUAAAGAGCGACACACGCACGAUACAUGCUCAGUAAUCGUAUCGAGUCGUACCUACAUAAUACAAUGAAUAAUAAUUAGUUUUCCUAUUAAGAUAAUGUGUAUAUGACUCGUUCAGUCCAUUGUUUUGUACAGUAUUGACAUUUGAAAAUAAAACAUUACUAGAAGUGGUAUUGCUGUCCUUUUUCAGUGAUAAAUUGUACCUUUGAUAAGAGAUACGUUGUGACUGGAUAUUUGAGGAGCACCUGCACCUGAUAAAACACCUCUGAUAACAGUUUAGUUUGCACUGUCGUCAAAUAUCGUGGCAUACUGUGUGAAAUGUUUUUAUUAAAAGAUUUAUAGUUAUUUUA